AUUCAGAUGUACGAGUAGUUCUCAUAGUCCUGGGAUUGACCAGUAAGAUCUAUUUCAUCGUCAAAUGAAUCAUCACAGGAUUUCCUAAUGUCAGUAUUCCACCGCUGUUAUAACAACAAUUUUCCAUUGUUUCGCGCUGAGGCUAAUCCUUUCCGGUCAAGCAAAUGCGAAUCGAAUACAUUUCUGAUUGUUUUUGACGAGGCGGAGCAAACAAAGCUGAUAAUACUUUAUUACAUUGAACAACCAAAGCUGAAAGUAUGGUGCGAAUAUUCGGAAUCAUUAGUGUUUUCAUCUUUACUCUGUAUUGGGCGAAAAGUAUCGGAAAUAACACUUGCCAGCAGCCAGAAAAUGAGAGAAGGCGAUGCCGAGGAAGAGGGAAAGAAGAAAUAUGUGUGAAAUUAGGAUGUUGGUGGUGCCCUGAUCUCAAGCCGAGAUGUGUACGAGGUGCAGCGUGUGCCAAAAUACCGAGAGAAAACUGCUGGGAAGGACCAGCAGGAAUGCAGAAUCGAGAGGAUUGUAGAAAAUUAUUCGGCUGUUCAUGGUGCCCAUGGGGAUAUCCAAAAUGUGUGAAAGACUUUGUACCUACACCUACGUCGGCUAGUAUUACAACAAACGGUACGACAUUGUCUACAAUAACCAAAGCAAUUACAAGCACAACUGCAACACAAACGCCAUCAUCCACGUUUACAACUACAACAGGAACGACAUUGCUACCAACAACGACUAUUCCGAAUUUCACAGGCACUGCUUCAUCAGCUCAUACCACUUUUCCCAUUACAACGAACAUGACAACAACUCUUACUUCUUCUCCAACUCCAACAGAAACCACGCCGCCGUCAGAAUUAUUGAAAUCGACAGAUUCGAAUCAUAUAAACGGGAGUUCAUACAGUCCUUUAACCGUUUCGACAACCCCAAUCUCGUCAACAGCUCCAAAAACAACAACUUCGAGUGCAACUUUCGGUAUCACAACAGAAGUUAUCACUGGUGCCUUUAGCUUGCCAACAUCUCUUUCCCUAUCAACGACGCCAGUUAAAACCUCUACUUAUGUGACAGAUUCAAGUGCCACGAACACGACAGAACCUUCAUCUUUGCCAUUCUCUACCACUGCACUACCUACACAGAUACCUUCAACAACAGCAACACCGUGUCCCGUCGGUCAUGUACGCAGAUAUAAGCAAGACACAUGUUGCGCAAAGCAUGCCAGGAUCAUGGGUGGCGAGAAAGCGGAGGGAGGGCAAUGGCCUUGGAUGGGCGUGUACAUGGUAAGGGGAUAUGCAGUAUGUGGGGCUGUACUGAUAGAUGCGAAAUAUGCAGUUUCAGCGGCGCAUUGCAUUGGAGCAGGGAAAAAUUAUGUGAAAAUAAAAUUUGGCGUCACUGAUAUUCUAGGAGAGGAAGAUAUGGCGCAAAUAGUUGACGUAGAAGAUAUUAUUCUGCACGAAGAAUAUAUUCCAAACUACCUGAACAGCGAUAUAAUGCUUUUAAUGCUGAAAGAUAAAGUAUGGUUUAAUAAACUGGUUCAGCCAGUCAGCCUGCCUCUCGGAGAAAACACACCAAUAGGAACAAGAUGUUUUGUAACGGGUUGGGGGCGACCGUAUUACAACGCUCCGGAUUCGUCUCAAGAUUUGAUGGAAGUCGGUGUCGAUAUUAUGCCGUUUGAAAUUUGUGCACAUUCUUAUUCGUCUUUGGACGUGGCUGUUAUGAGGGAAAACGAGAUGAUUUGCGCUGGACGAUACGAAGGAAAUCAUGACGCGUGUCAGGGUGAUAGCGGCGGGCCACUGGUGUGCCAACGAUGCUCAAAUUGUGAUUGGUACUUGGCCGGAAUUGUGUCAUUUGGAAUCGGUUGUGGAAGUCAAACCCAUCCUGGGAUUUAUACAAAAUUGGUUUCUUUUGAACAAUGGUUGUAUGUAAAUGGAGUGCCAACUGCAAGCGGAAAAUUUGAAUGCUGAUAUAGACGAGACACCUCAAAAGUUGAUAAAAUGCCUACACAACAAGUCAUGUUUUAUUUUGAUAAAAAUUACAAGAAAGGAUUCUUGUGUACUUCCUAACUAAUUUUUGGGUGUUGUAAAAAUCUUCAGUAAAAUUACUUUAUUAUUCUAGUGAAUAUAUUGAGUUUGAACUACGUAUCAAGUGCAAUUUGAAUAUAAGCGCUGUUUGAUUAUCAGCCAAACAGAUUAGUAAAUCUGAGAAAACAAGCAGGCGUGUGACAUAGGAGCUUUUAAUUACUAUCACAUUAACAAGAUUAAUUUGUUUGCUAUAUAAUUAUUAAACUCAAGUCUUUCAUAAAAGUCGGAAAGAUCUUACGUAAACGCAUCGUAAUUGUUGUAACAUGUUACCUAAACUAUGUGAUAUUGAAAUCUAAUAGCCAAUAAUUAUGUUAAUCGUUAAUCAAGACAUCAAAUUAUGUUGUUCUGUUGGCAAAGUUGGCAAAGUCAGACAUACUGUGGUCGGAUAUACGGUAACCGCAAUGAUUCAGGAAUUUAUGGAUGGCCGUCCAGUAAUAAAUCAAAUGCUGAAAACAACACUACAUUGGUCUUAUUACGUAAAGUCAACAUCUACUUUAGCAUAGUAUUACUAAAAUGAAGUUUGAACUACUCCACUACUUUAUACGGCAGUUCUGAUUAACCAUACAGCCUUGAACGGGGUAAAGCAAAUAAAAAUCGUCAAAAUUCGGAAAGUUAUUUCAAGAAAAAAUUCUCAGUCGUUGUUGAUUUUUUCG